AUGGCCGCACUUAUAACAACCCCUACCUUUGAUGAUGGCCUCUACCACCCUCCGAAUCCCGCACCGGCAGUCACGCCUGCAUCCACAACACCCGUGGCCACACCAGUCGCAGCAGCCCCGGCCCCAGAAACCAUCCCGGAACCUCCACCUGCAAACUUUCCUGCUGUUUCACCGAUCUCCCCGAUCAGCAGUCCGGCCAGCUUGCAGAGCGUUAGCUCUUUCCAAUCUACUGCCACCUCAAUUUCAUCAAUCCCAACACCAUCCGGGACUUCCAUCAGACCAAUCGGAGUAGUAAAACCACCCAACCAACAUGGCUCGACCGUUGCAGUGGUGGUCAGUGUGUUUAUCAUAGUGGCUGUGUUUGGGAUCAUUUUUAUCUCUGGAUUCCUUACCAGCCAAAGAUUCAGAUUAUGGAAGGAGAAACAUUGGUCCCGUUACCCAGAAAAUAAAUGGAAAGUCGCACGAGGAAGACCGACUUCAUCAAUGGGCGAAGUCUCCCAGAGAGAAUCCACCGCCGGUUUAAUAGCUGAUAAAGAGGCCGAACCCUUCGAACGCGGCGUCCCAAGACAGAGUCGAUUGCAAACCUUUUUUCAUAUCGGGAGAGCUUCAUUCGCCGGCCCAGUCGAGCAAGUUGACGAGGAACGAGGUUGGUUAUGGGGGACUAGACCUGCCAAAGAUAACCUAACUCGUUUGGUAACUCCAGGUUUAGGCGUCGGCAAGUACCGCUCAAAAUAUGGUUCCCACACAUCCCGUGGAUUCAAAUACGCCGUGGGCCGGUCGGUCGAUGUACCCGAGCUGUCGACGCACGAGGCAACCUCCAUGGCGCCAGGAGAAUCGCUGUAUGAGGAGAAGGAAGAGAAAGAAGAACUGUUCUAUGACUAUGCUGCUCGUGCUUCCAGCGCAUUUGAUUAUGACCAGUACAGUUCAAACCAAGGCGAUGUACCUCCGACUGGAGGAGUCUCCUACCUCCUCACUCGGUUAAAGGACAGCAUCAGCGGCCGUACCAAAUUCAGCAGUCUGGGCUCAGCCCACAGCAGAGUCAGACAAGAUUCAGCUCGGGGACGAUGGAAUGAAGUUGGGCGAUUGGUGAAUGAGGAUGAGAUGGAGCACUAUGACGAAAAACUCGUCGGAUUAGAGGCCCAGUCCCACAUCCCCCUGGGCCUCAGGCCCGAUCUUUCAUUGGCAGAUAUCGCUUUACCGUCAGUCCCAGCUUACACAUGGGAUGCACAUUCAACCGCUGUGAUCUCGAAACAAAAGCGAUCUCGUGAACCAACCAUCUCGGGAACCGAUUCUCGAGAAUUUGCAGAAUAUUCAAGCCAGCUUUUGGAUAGCCAUGUUUCUUCAGAGAGGCCGUUGGCUGCUAAGAGUCGAAAAUUACCGCCUCUGCCAUCAUGCAGUGCAACUAAAAGUGUAGCAAGUUCCACCAGACACCAGUCACGCGGAAUUCACAAAAGCAGAUCAGCGAUCACGGUUUCUUCUGUAAGACAGAAAAGAAAAGGAACAAGCGUGUCAGGAUCUAAAAAAGUGAAAGCCAAACCUGCCCCUGAAGUCUAUCCUGGAGGUUUCGUUGGUCGAUCACCCACUAAAAAAUUACGCCGAAAGGCAUCGCCGGAGUCUUGA